AUGAGGACUCGCGCAGCAGCAGCGUGGCUGGCGGCAGCAGCCGCCCUCGCCCUCCAGCAAGUCGCCUGGGGUCACGUGCUCAGCAGACAGGACACCAGCCUCAGUUCGCAAAGCAGAGAAACACGAGCCGCGCGGGGCGACCACAUGGAGGAGGACCACAUGGACGAGCACCCGGGCCACGCCAAGUCGGACUCGGCGCUCAGCUACUACGAGUUCCUCAUCAACGAGGGAUCCUACAAGUUCUGGGCGUGGUUCCAGCUGGCGACGGCGGCGCUGCUCAUCUACUCGGUGUUCGCGGCCAUCUACUACUCCAAGUACACGUACUACACCAUCGCCUCCGACUACGACUACGACUACUUCUUCAAGCGGUCCGGCGAGCCGGCGCCGGCGGCGCGGUCGGCCCCCACGACACAGAGCUCCACCUUCCUGGGACUCUCCGCCCAGACCUACCAGAGGAUCCUCGACGCCAUCACCAGCAAGAAUUACUCAUGACCACCUCCCCGCCAAGACCGUGCUCACUACAUGUCAUGAGUAAACCCUUGCGGCCACUCCUCAGGAGUGAUAAACAGUGACCUGAUCGGCUAGACUCGGACACUUGUAUCCUUCGCAGGAUGCCCUCCCGUACUCUCAGAGUAAAGG